UACAAGGGAAUAUAUCAAGUUAUAGCAACUUCCAAUAACUUUACCACACAACUACUUAUCGUGCGCCACUCCUUCCUUUAUAUAAAAAAAAGCUUUCUCGCACCUUCUCCACUAUCUAACUUCACCACCCAUUUUGAUUUCUACUUCAUACUCUCUUUAUUUGAUUAAAAAUGGCGACAAAAAGGAGUGUAUCAACACUACAAGAAUCAGAUUUGAAGGGGAAAAGAGUAUUUGUUAGGGUUGAUUUAAAUGUUCCAUUAGAUGAUAAUUGUAACAUCACUGAUGAUACAAGAAUUCGUGCUGCUAUUCCCACUAUUAAAUACUUGUCUGGUUAUGGGGCUAAAGUCAUCCUCUGCAGUCAUCUGGGACGUCCAAAAGGUGUCACUCCCAAAUUCAGCUUGAAGCCCCUUGUACCAAGGCUUUCUGAGCUUCUUGGAUGUGAGGUUAAAAUGGCAAAAGAUUCCAUUGGUGAGGAAGUUGAGAAAAUGGUAGCUGAGUUGCCUGAAGGAGGUGUUGUGCUUCUUGAGAAUGUGAGAUUCUACAAAGAGGAAGAGAAGAAUGACCCUGAAUUUGCAAAGAAAUUGGCUUCUCUAGCAGAUGUGUAUGUGAAUGAUGCAUUUGGGACUGCCCACAGAGCUCAUGCUUCCACUGAGGGUGUUGCCAAUUAUUUGAAGCCCUCUGUUGCUGGCUACUUGAUGCAGAAGGAGCUCGACUACCUAGUCGGAGCUGUGGCAAACCCCAAGAAACCUUUUGCUGCUAUUGUUGGUGGCUCCAAAGUGUCAUCAAAGAUUGGUGUGAUUGAGUCCUUGUUAGCUAAGGUGGACUAUCUUAUACUUGGAGGAGGUAUGAUAUUCACUUUUUACAAAGCCCAAGGAAUCUCAGUUGGAUCCUCUCUUGUGGAGGAAGACAAGCUUGAGCUUGCAACUUCUCUCAUCGAGAAGGCAAAGGCUAAAGGAGUAUCUUUGAUGCUUCCUACUGACGUUGUAAUUGCUGAUAAGUUUGCCGCUGAUGCUGAAAGCAAGACUGUACCAGCCUCUGCAAUCCCAGAUGGUUGGAUGGGAUUGGACAUUGGACCAGAUUCUAUCAAGACUUUCAACGAGGCUUUGGAUAAAACCCAAACCAUCAUAUGGAAUGGACCGAUGGGUGUUUUUGAAUUUGACAAAUUCGCUGCAGGAACUGAGGCCGUAGCCAGGAAGUUGGCCGAGCUUAGUGGAAAGGGUGUGACCACAAUCAUCGGUGGAGGUGAUUCUGUUGCUGCUGUGGAGAAGGUUGGUCUUGCUGACAAGAUGAGCCACAUCUCUACUGGAGGCGGUGCAAGCUUAGAACUUUUGGAAGGCAAACCGUUGCCCGGUGUUCUUGCCCUUGAUGAUGCUUAAGUAUAAUCUUCUCUUGCUGCCUGGUCUUUUGCCCGAAGUUUAUGAAAAACUGGGUUUUUCUUGCCUGUAGAGGAGUUAGUGCAGGUCUUAAAUAAACUUUUUUUUCCGAGAAUAUUUGGAACACAGGUGUCAAUAAUUUAAGUAUCUCUCUUUUGCUGUGGUU